AUGGCUGAUACCACCAAAAGUCCAGCUGAGAUGGAGGCACCCAUAGAACCUUCGAUGGCGGAGCUUAGGGCCCUACCGAACAACACCAAUUCAAAUUGGAUCAAGGACAAGGGCCUGAGAAAGUUGAACCUCGGCAUUCUCUUCAUGUACUCUACUGCUUCCUCGGCGGGGUAUAUUGGAAAUUUGGUAAAUAGCUUGUUGGUGCUCCCUGAAUUUGGUGUCAUCGUCGGUGGUCUCAAUCCGAGCAUAGUCGGCUUGAUCAUUGCCGCGAGUUCUUUGGGGGCAUUUAUCUCCUUCGCACCAGCGUCCUACAUCGCUGAUGUGUUCGGGCGCAGGGCCUGUGUCGGAGUUGGGUCCGCUCUGACGAUCGUUGGAGCAAUCAUCGGCGCUGCAAUCCAGGAUCACUGGGCCUUCUUCGGUACCAGGAUUAUAUCGGGCAUUGGUAUGGGUAUCGCCCAGACUGCGGCUCCUCUCCUGGCAACCGAGAUCGCCCAUCCACGCCAACGCCAGACUGCCACGGCACUUUACAAUGCAUCUUGGUGCUUGGGCGCUAUUGGAUCAGCAGCAGCUACCUAUGCAACGAUUGGAUUAGGUAACAGCUGGUCGUGGCGAGUUCCUUGCCUGCUGCAGAUAUCGUAUCCCUUGUUUCAAAUAUUGGGGGUGCUUUUCAUCGUGCCCGAGAGCCCAAGGUGGCUUGUGUCGAAGGACCGGAAGGAUGAAGCACUGGCUAUAUUAGAGACAUACCAUGCCAAUGGUAGUACAAAUGACGAGUUGGUGCAGCAUGAGUUCCAACUGAUUUGCACCACGAUUACCGCCGAGAUGAACAACACGAAGGGUUGGAGCGCGUUCUUCAAGUCCAAGGGAGAUAUUCACCGGUUAUCCAUCUGUGUGCUGGUUGGACUGAUGCAAGAAUGGGCUGGAAAUGGCAUUCUGUCGUACUAUCUCCCGCCGAUUCUCGGGUCAGUGGGCAUCACCAAAGCCGCAGACCAAGCUGCGGUCAAUGUGAGCCUGCAAGCCUGGAACUUUUUGUUGUCAGCGGCCGGUGCGGUUGCUUCAGAGCGAUACGGUCGCCGUCUUCUUUGGCUCCUCUCCACAAGCCUAAUGAUCGUCUUCCUGUCAUCGUCCACUUUGGCCGCUGGUCUGCAUGACGAAAAGCAUAUUUCUUCUGCUGGUUUAGCCACAGUUCCUCUCCUUUUCCUGUUUUUCGGAUCAUUUGACAUUGCUUAUGCCCCCCUGUUCAUCUCGUAUCCCGCUGAAAUCCUACCGUUCCAGCUGCGUGCCAAGGGCAUUGCUGUGACCCUCUCUGUGGAUGCUGUGGCGUGUUUCUUCAACCAAUAUGUUAACCCGGUGGCAUUCACAGCCAUCCAGUGGAGAUAUUACUGUGUCUUUAUCGGAUGUUUGGUUGCAUUCUGGGCUUUCAUCUACUUCCUCUUCCCCGAGACGAAGGGUCGGUCAUUGGAAGAGGUCGCGAUGAUUUUCGACCGCAAAGAGGAGCCCGACACAGAAGAAAAGAAGAAGUCAAAGACAUAG